GGGGAGGAGGGAAGCAGGACGGAGAAAGAAGCCAAAGCAGGGCUUGUAUCCCAGUUAACCUGCUGGAGCUCAUCCUGCUUGUUCUGAGCGCUGCACCAACUCACCCAGUUCCCUCUCUCCUUGGAUGUCUUCUUCCCCCCUUUCUCUCCUUUUCUCACUGCACCCUGCAUUCUCUACCCACUCCCCCACCCAUCAUUUCUGCAUCUGACCAGAGGACGAAUGAGGGAGACGUUCCAGCAAAUCGAGGUAGCAACUUUCCUCAGCUGGUUUCUGAGCUCCAAGAGCGGGUUCCUGCUGAUUCUUGGAGGUAUGCAGCCCAUGGAGGAGGAGGAGGGAGAGCAGUGAUGGGCUAAGGACCGGUGCGGUGCACGAAGCCCCAAGCAGCUCAGUCUCACAAGCCCGCUCCACGUCCCCACGCGGGUUCCCUCCAUCUCGCUCUCCUGAGAGCAGAGAGCGCGCGGCGUGCAGCCUGAGAGCAUCCAGGGAGGAUGAGGUGGGGACCCAGCCCAAGUUGGGUGCAUCUCGCGGGCGUGAGGCCACGACUGUGUCUCGGCAUGAAUUAAGAAGCUUGGAAGAUGGAGCGCGGCACAGUCCUCAUCCAGCCCGGGCUCUGGACCAGGGACACCAGCUGGACACUCCUCUAUUUCCUGUGCUACAUCCUCCCUCAGACCGCCCCGCAAGUGCUCAGGAUCGGAGGGAUUUUUGAAACUGUGGAAAAUGAGCCCGUUAAUGUUGAAGAAUUAGCUUUCAAGUUUGCAGUCACCAGUAUUAACCGAAACCGAACAUUGAUGCCUAACACCACAUUAACCUAUGACAUCCAGAGAAUUAAUCUUUUUGAUAGUUUUGAAGCCUCCCGGAGAGCUUGUGACCAGCUGGCUCUUGGUGUGGCCGCUCUCUUUGGCCCUUCCCACAGCUCUUCUGUCAGCGCUGUGCAGUCUAUUUGCAACGCUCUGGAAGUUCCACACAUUCAGACUCGCUGGAAACACCCUUCGGUGGACAACAAAGACUUAUUUUACAUCAACCUCUACCCAGAUUAUGCAGCUAUCAGCAGGGCAGUCCUGGAUCUGGUCCUCUAUUACAACUGGAAAACAGUGACUGUGGUGUAUGAAGACAGCACAGGUCUAAUUCGCCUGCAAGAGCUCAUCAAAGCUCCUUCCAGAUACAACAUUAAAAUCAAAAUCCGCCAGCUGCCCUCUGGGAAUAAAGAUGCCAAACCUCUGCUCAAGGAGAUGAAGAAAGGCAAAGAGUUUUAUGUGAUAUUUGAUUGUUCCCAUGAAACGGCUGCUGAAAUCCUUAAGCAGAUUUUGUUCAUGGGCAUGAUGACUGAAUACUAUCACUAUUUCUUCACAACCCUGGACUUGUUUGCUUUAGAUCUGGAACUCUACAGGUACAGUGGUGUAAAUAUGACAGGCUUUCGGUUGCUGAAUAUUGACAACCCUCAUGUGUCAUCCAUCAUUGAGAAGUGGUCCAUGGAGAGGUUGCAGGCUCCACCCAGACCUGAGACUGGUCUUCUGGAUGGCAUGAUGACAACUGAAGCAGCUCUGAUGUAUGAUGCUGUGUACAUGGUAGCCAUUGCUUCCCACCGCGCCUCACAGCUGACGGUCAGCUCCCUACAGUGCCAUCGACACAAGCCAUGGCGCCUUGGACCCAGAUUUAUGAACCUGAUCAAAGAGGCUCGAUGGGAUGGCUUGACUGGGCGUAUCACCUUUAAUAAGACCGAUGGCUUGAGAAAGGAUUUUGACCUGGACAUUAUCAGUCUCAAGGAGGAAGGAACUGAAAAGGCUGCUGGUGAAGUGUCUAAGCACUUGUAUAAAGUGUGGAAGAAGAUUGGGAUUUGGAACUCCAACAGUGGGCUGAACAUGACAGACGGCAACAGAGACAGGUCCAACAAUAUCACGGAUUCGCUGGCCAACCGAACACUCAUUGUCACCACUAUUCUGGAAGAGCCCUAUGUGAUGUACAGGAAAUCCGAUAAGCCCCUAUAUGGCAACGACAGAUUUGAAGGAUAUUGCCUGGAUCUGCUGAAAGAAUUGUCAAAUAUCCUGGGUUUCCUUUAUGAUGUUAAACUAGUUCCUGAUGGCAAAUAUGGAGCCCAAAAUGACAAAGGAGAGUGGAAUGGAAUGGUUAAAGAACUCAUCGACCACAGAGCUGACCUCGCAGUGGCUCCUCUCACCAUCACCUAUGUAAGGGAGAAGGUCAUAGACUUCUCCAAGCCCUUCAUGACCCUGGGCAUUAGCAUCCUUUACCGGAAGCCCAAUGGAACCAACCCAGGUGUUUUCUCUUUCCUCAACCCCCUGUCUCCAGACAUUUGGAUGUAUGUGCUGCUGGCUUGCUUGGGAGUCAGUUGUGUGCUCUUCGUGAUCGCAAGGUUUACACCCUACGAGUGGUAUAACCCUCACCCAUGCAACCCCGACUCAGAUGUGGUGGAAAACAAUUUCACUUUGCUAAAUAGUUUCUGGUUUGGAGUUGGAGCUCUCAUGCAGCAAGGAUCAGAGCUGAUGCCCAAAGCUCUAUCAACCAGAAUAGUUGGAGGAAUAUGGUGGUUUUUCACCCUAAUCAUCAUUUCAUCCUACACUGCCAACCUGGCUGCCUUCUUGACAGUAGAGAGGAUGGAAUCUCCCAUCGAUUCCGCAGAUGAUCUGGCCAAACAAACCAAGAUAGAAUACGGAGCAGUCAGAGAUGGAUCAACAAUGACCUUCUUCAAGAAAUCAAAGAUAUCCACCUAUGAGAAAAUGUGGGCUUUUAUGAGCAGUAGACAGCAGAGUGCACUGGUUAAAAACAACGAUGAGGGGAUCCAAAGGGUGCUCACCACCGACUACGCCCUGCUGAUGGAGUCUACCAGCAUUGAGUAUGUGACACAGAGAAACUGCAACCUCACUCAGAUUGGGGGCCUCAUAGACUCCAAAGGUUAUGGAGUGGGAACGCCUAUAGGGUCUCCUUACCGGGAUAAAAUCACAAUUGCCAUUCUUCAGCUGCAAGAGGAAGGGAAGCUCCACAUGAUGAAGGAGAAGUGGUGGCGGGGGAAUGGCUGCCCCGAGGAAGACAGCAAAGAAGCCAGCGCCCUGGGAGUGGAGAACAUUGGGGGCAUCUUCAUUGUCCUGGCUGCAGGACUGGUCCUUUCUGUGUUUGUAGCCAUUGGAGAAUUUAUAUACAAAUCGCGGAAGAACAAUGAUAUUGAGCAGGCUUUUUGUUUCUUUUAUGGACUACAGUGUAAACAAACCCAUCCGACCAACUCCACUUCCGGGACUACUUUAUCUACAGACGUAGAAUGUGGCAAAUUAUUACGAGAGGAAAAAGGGAUUCGGACACAGUCCUCAGUCCAUACUGUAUAAUUGAGUUUUUCAAAAGGUGUAGCAUUGUUUGUAAUGAGUGUUGUUUGUGAUAGCGUCUACUAGGUAGAAGUAGCCGUCAUGACCUUUCCCUUUAUAUUAACAAAAUGUAUAUACACCACUCCAGACACUCCACUCAGGCCUCUGGGACAAAUGUGCACUAUGUAUUGAUGCAGGGCUUUAGGGGAGUAUAGACUCCUAGAUGCAUAUAUACACAGGAAACUAUUCUGUCCAAAACUGUCGUCUCUGUGCUUUCUUUAUGAAUUAAAAAUAAAUGACCAUUUCUUCAUAAACAAAAAUUGAGACACAACAGGGCAAAGCAUGGGAAAAUACUAAUUCUGUACACUUCUUUUCAUCUUUUCAAACUUUCUCCCCUCCUUCCCUCUCUCUGUAUCAUGUGUCCUCUAGAUGUAUAUAUUCCAAAUUUCCUUUAGCCAUGUGUUCUCAAUAAGUAUACAAGUAACUCCAUAACACUUUUUAUUUUUAACUAAAUUAGUCUCAAGCUUUUAAAUGCAUUAUUUACCCAAAACCUCAUGUCCUGGCCCUUGAAAAUUCAGAAACCAUCUCUGAAAGAAUAGUGGCUGAACUUGAACGUAAAGGGGGAUUACCUAAUCUGAGCCUCACUCAGGGAUGGGAGGCACAGCGAAAAAUGAUUUCUGAAUAGAAACUCAGAAACAUCAGGCUUUCAAACAGCAGUUAUCAGUCAUUUGUAGGUGCAGAGCCGUUAAGGACCUGAUUUGCUUUCAAGCUAUAUAUGUAUAUAUUUCCUUGAAGAGCCAAGCAGAGUUGUAAACUAUGAACUAAUUCAUGGCAUCUUCUGUUUGCUGCUCACCCACACUCAGUCUUUGCAAUGAUGAACAUCUUCUCACACGUUAUUGCAUUCCCUUCCCACUCACCCUAAAUAGAGUAGCUCUUCUUGAAGCCAUCUUUUCUGAGCCUUGCCAAAUUCACAUUCAUUUCCCUGGACCCAUCACCAUUAUUAAUACAUUCCAAGUGUGCUGUCAAGAAGGACAAGGUGGAGAAAAUAAAUACCAGAGAGAAUUUCCAUAUGCAUUAGUUACAGAUCUCUGCAGAUUUAUUUUCUACCUGCAUUCAAAGUGCUGGGAAUAAUCCCUGCAUUAGCUCAGUGUGGUGACAUAGAAGCCAAUGGCAUGCUUAAUUUGGUGUGACAGGGAAUGUCUGCUGUUUGCGCUGAGUUCUUUCCCCCUUGGCAGAGAGUAGGGGAAAUGAACAGCCCUUUCAUCUCCUCCAAUAUGGAAUCAGUUGGUCUUUGUUCUCCACCAACAGAUUAUCUCUUGUCAUAUCAAAUGAUCCCCAGGAAUAUGUUCCAGAGGAGUUGUUUGGCAUCUGGGCAGUCAUGUUGCAUGGCCUCGCUUAGCUUUAAAUGGGUUCCAGGAUUUUAGUCACAAUUCUUUCUAACCAACCUUAUGCUUCCUUGAGAAAGCAUGAGCAAAAAAAUUGACUCUUGCAAUGAUGGUUUCUCAGCUUUGUUCUUUAAAUAAAUGAGCUCUUAUGAAAAUAUCUACUAUUUAUUUACUGUUAUUAAAGUAGAAAAAGUCUACUGUGUGUCACUGAUCGAACUUAUAUUUUCAGAAUCAAGAGAAUCAAAUAUCAGGUGGGAUAAAGUCUCCAUGACUCUUAGUUUCAUGACAUUGAUUCAGCACACACAAUCUACAAACCACUUAAGUUUAUUUCCUAAGAACUGUUUAAAUAUACUAAAGCGGCUACAAAAAUUUCUGAGUCCUUGAUGAUAUGGAAAAGUCAGACUGGCAAAAACCAGCAAAACUCACUUUUCUGCACAGACCAUCCUUUAAAAUUUGAUUCAGAGACGAAUAAGGAAGUAAUUUCUUUCAAAAGUUAACCUUAGGAGAGUUUGGAAUAUAGCUUGACUGACACAAUGCUUGUCUAGCAUGCAUGAAGCCCUGUGUGGUAUUUCCCAGUCCCAGUUAGGCAUAAAACCAUGUGUGGUCGCACAAAUCUUUAAUCCCAGCACUCAAGAAAUGGAGGCAGGAGGAUUUGAAAUUCAAGAUCAUCCUUGACUACAUACUGAGUUCGAGGGAAUGCCUAGACUACAUGAGACCCAGUCUCAAUAAAUAGAUAAAUAAAUUGUAUUUUGGUAUUGUUUUAGAUUGUAUACUAUCUAAUUCUGAUAUUUACACAGUAUUUUAUGGUUUUCAAAAUGCUUGCCCAUACAACAUUACAUUUAAACCUUUCAGCCAUUUUAAUUCAGCUUUAUUAUCAGAAAUAACAGAUAUUAGAAUCCUGAACCUUGAGUUAUGACAUUAAAAUUAAAGGAGAAUUUUAUAAAUUAUCCAAACUCAGACUCAAGCACAGCUUUGUGUGGAAUCACUGUAGAUGACUUACUAAGCAUCUCCUAGCUUCAGUUUUCUAACAUCUACCACCAGGAAAUCAUUUCUAGAAUACAAGGUUGCUCUGAAGCAUUUUUUAAAAUAGGUGCCACUGAAAAGUGCUUCCUCAAUGAAGUUUUCAUGAUUAAAUAACCCAAGGGAACCACACUCUACAUUCUCUUACCUGAAGGGAUUUUAGUAUAUUUAAUAUGUUGUCAUGGAUGGAGAACUUCUAAUCUAUUCAGUAUCUCUCAAGCGCUUAAGUCAUAGUGUUCUUUCUAUAAAGUACCUAGCAAGACCAGUAUUAUCCACAUGGCUCUCUAGGGAACACAGUUAUGGUAAUAUUAAUAUCAAUGAUAUGUGAUAUUACCACAAUAUCACUGAUGUCAGUCCCUAUGAUGAUGUGGAAGACACUUUACAGUGUGUGUGGUUUAUAAACCAUUUGACAAUUACUCAUCAUUUGGAGUCAAGUUUCAAAUUCUCUAAGCUUCAAUUUCCUUAUUUAUAGAAUAAAAAUGAUGCUGUUACUAUAUAUACCAUGAGAAUUAAAUGAAGUCAUAUCAUGGCAUAAAAAAUAAAACCACUUAUAAAAAUCUUGAUAAUAAAUACUUGUCAACAAAUAUUGCAUUCUAUAGAAAAAUUAAAUUUCUCUCUGGUCACAUGAACAGUAAGAAAAUAAAUUUAGCACCUUAAAACAAACCCAGAUUUAGAAAACAGGAUUAUGAGGCGCAAAGCUACACAGAGAAACCCUGUCUCGAAAAACCAAAAAAAAGAAAGAAAGAAAGAAAGAAAAGAAAACAGGAUUAUGAAUGUAGACAUACAAACUCUAUCCAGUUUUCCCUGCAUACACGUUAAAAAAUGAAUGGCAAAGUCACUAUACUCAAGAGAAGGGCCUGAAUAGGUAAGAUAUGAGGAUGUAUACAGUAGGAGCUCUGAGUCCUCUCUCCAGACAUUCUAUUUUAAUUAGUCUGAAGUUAGACCAAGGCAAUUAUAAUGAUUUGAGGUGCUCAAUUGGUUCUAAUAGUCAAGAAGAGUUAAGAUUCAGUAAUCUGAGCACUAGUUAAUGGAUGUAAUUGGACCCAAUAAAUGUUUGCUUUUUUUUAUGAAUUGACUCAGACUAAAAAUAGAGCCACCAAUUCUAAAAGAGAGAGAGAGAUUAUAUAUUUAGCAUCUGAUAUUAAUGGUCUCUUUAUAUUGAUACUCAAAGAAGAAAUUGCAUAUCUUUUAAGACAGAAACUUCAUGAUAUUCAACUGGUAAUCUCUACAUGUUUUUCUGGUAAAACAUAGAGCUAUCCCCAUUCAAAAUUACCAAGUAAGUAGUUUGUUGCUGCUUUGGGCCUUUGUAGGUUUUUCUACACGUCUCUUCUUUUAUCCAUCCUUAGACAACCAGUUCUUGUUGCUAUGGAAAUGACUGCAAAGACCACAUUGACCUCCACAGGGUCCAUUGCAUUUCAAGUGAAAUUUAGAACAAAAGCCAUCAGACUGUAUUGACAUCAUUAGUUCAGAGAAUUUAGUGUCAAUCACAACCAUCUGGGGGAGUGAAUUGCAGUUCCUACCCUCGGGCUCCAUAUGUUCACUUUGGUGGACACAGCCAGGAAUCUGCAUGCUUCCUAAAGCCUGGGAAAGAAUAUUUAAAAUUAGUUAUAUGCAUUAGUUUCCAUUAAAGUUAGCUUGGGUGGAUGAAUUUUCUCCAAAAUUAUGCCAUAUACAUGAGUUUUGAACCAUCUUGAAUGCUAGGGAUUUUUUUUUAAUAAUUUUUCUUACAUGAAUUAUUUUGCAAUAAUCCUGGGUAUAGUUGCUUUACUUUAAAAGACCUGGUACACAUGGGUUUUAUAAAAACUACCUCGAGCCGGGCGGUGGUGG